GUAUCAAUGAGAUAGAGAUGGAAUAACCUCAAUUAAUGUUCAUAACAAAAGUUCAAUAGUUUUAAAUAAAAAGUAAACGAAAUGGCGUUUAUUUUAAGCAAUAUAGUGAGUAAAACGUGCGUGAAAAGCCUGGAGGAUAAGUUGCUGGCCUUAUCUAUUUCAGCCAGUGGGACUCAAAUAAGGGAGAGACAUAUUAUGAACCCGCCUCCUCGAUUGAGGAACCCCACUUGGUUCACGAAGAAACACCGUGUCGUGCAUAACGAUGAAAUCACCACUGAUAACCAGGAGUUUGUUAAGGAAGUGGUUCAGGAUAAAUACAGCAACAAAGAUGAGUCUCCUUUGCUCUCGGAGAUUGCGGCGAACGCUGCAGAAUGGCAGCCAACGUUUAAAAGGACUGGAGUGAUUGCUCGAAAAAUUGGUAUUUAUCCUAUUUGGAUGAAGGAUGGCACGAAAAUGACCACUACUCUGCUUCAAGUUUUGGAUAAUCAUGUAAUUAAGUAUUAUACGCCGGAGGAAUAUGAAAAUUCGCAGCCAAAUAAAACGAGGGUUAUGAAGAAGAAAGGAUGUUUGUUGUUAGGAGCGGAGGGCACUGAUCCGUCGCUGUUAACGAAAGAGUAUUGUGGUCUUUUCAAGAAUUCCGGUGUGAUUCCCAAGAAGUUCCUCGCUCGAUUCUUCGUCAGUCCAGAUGCUGCUCUGCCACCAGGUACUCCGAUCAACGCGUUGCAUUUCCAGGUGGGCAAUUUCGUGGACGUGCGCGGUAAAACCAUCGACAGAGGUUUCCAGGGCGUCAUGAAGAGGCACGGUUUCAAAGGCAUGCCCGCGUCUCACGGUGUGACGAAAACGCAUAGAAGAGGUGGCAACAUCGGUGGUGGCGGUGAGAAGGCUCGCGUUUGGCCUGGCACGAAAAUGCCCGGACACAUGGGGAACAGGUACAGGGUUCUGAAGGGCCUGAAGAUCUGGCGCAUCAACACCAAGUACAACGUGCUGUACGUGUCCGGACAGAACGUUCCAGGCGACACGAACUCGAUCGUUACCAUCUACGAUACCAUUCUUCCUUUGAGGAAACCCUCGAACCCUGUACCCUUCCCCACUUACCUGAACACCGAUGAAAUCCACGAGGAGGAUUUGUACGACGACGAUGUCCAUCAGUUCUGCGAUCCCACCAUCGAGUACAACGAGACGUAGGUCUACUUCUGAUUAGUUCUAUAUAAAUAUAUUUGUUGAUUGUA